AGGAAUUGAAUCGUGUGAGUGUUUGAGUUAUCGUCUGAGAGUCUGCUGUGAACAAGUGAAGUAAAUAAUACUGCCUCUUCCUGUAGUGGUGUGUAACCUUGUUAUUGUGUUUCGUUUCUAUCCAUUCGGCGUUUUGCGCAGUCAUGCUGUUAACAGUAAGAUAUAUUUUUAAUCGUGAUGAUUAAAUAGAAGAAACAACCCGAAUUAUAAAAGGUCAAUGUCAAGGCUAUUAAACAUUAUUACCAGUGAAAGUAAAUUUGAUUUGAAAAAAUAAUAACAAAAACAACUUGCUAAUACAUGAAAAUGUAACUGAUAGGUCUAGUUAAAAUUCUAGAAAUGUGGUAAAACUAUAUUAUUUAUAAUUUAAUUGUCAUUCACCUCUGUAGGACCGAGGCCAAGUGUUCUGAGAAAAGAGUAUCCUCUGUAACAGCCAAGAUGUUGUACUGUCCCCCAAACAUUACAAUCUCCACAAUAUGGCUGGAUCAUGGCAUCUCCGAGUGUUUCAUGGCCACCAUAUCCUCCGUUUUUACAGGAGUAUUUAUCCUCGUAUUUGGAACCAUACAGUUGUGGAUGUACCGCAAGUAUGGUACACCUGUGUCCCGUGACUUGCUGCCCACCUCGCCUCUCUACUACCUUCAGAUAUUCAUUACGUUUCUGAUCUGUGCUGUCGCCUUGCUCAGGUUCCUUCUCCAAGUCAUAGUUCUCGAUCCUGGCAUCAUAUAUGGCUACAUGCUGGUAUGGACGUCUUUGAGCAUGGUAUCGUUCAUGUUCUCUGCCCUCCUUGUGUGGGUGGAGAGACACUUCCAGCUGCCCACUGUACCGGCACGGGGACACGGUCUUGUGUUGCUGCUCUUCUGGACUUUUCUCUUCUCCUCGGAAAACCUCACAUUUGUCAACCUGGGUCGUAACGACUGGUGGUUCCAUCCCACUACGUUCUCAGACAAGGUGGAGAUGGGGCUGUUUGUGAGCCGAUAUGUCUUGUCAAUGUUGCUUUUCGGAUUGGGACUCAGGGCUCCAGGAGUUGUAACCACACAGGACUACCUGAACCUGAAUGACAGCUAUCGCGUACCUCUUCGAGAUGAGAAUGAGAACUCUGGCUCGACAUGGCGCACGGCGUGGCGGCGCACCAAGACUCUGAUGCCGUUCCUCUGGCCCAAGAAGUCCUUUAUGCUGCAGCUGCAAGUGAUCAUCUGUAUUCUGCUGCUGCUCGCCGGUCGAGUUAUCAACUUGUUUGUGCCCAUCUACAAUAAACUCAUUGUGGACAGUAUGACAACAACACCUCUGUACUUUCGAUGGGAUCUGAUCGUGACUUACGUUGGCUUCAAGUUCCUCCAGGGUGGUGGUACAGGGGGCAUGGGUGCCCUCAACAAUCUCAGGUCCUUCCUCUGGGUCCGCAUCCAGCAGUACACCACACGGGAAGUUGAGGUGACGUUGUUCCGCCACCUCCAUGGGCUGAGUCUGCGUUGGCACCUCUCUCGCAAGACUGGAGAGGUGCUGAGGGUCAUGGACCGUGGAACAGAUAGUAUCACCAACCUGCUCAACUAUAUUCUGUUCAGUAUAAUGCCCACCCUGGUGGACAUUGCCAUCGCCGUCAUCUACUUCGUCACACUCUUCAAUGCCUGGUUCGGCCUCAUCGUUUUUACAACCAUGGCCCUCUAUAUUGCUGCUACCAUCAUUGUGACGGAGUGGAGGACCAAGUUCCAGCGCAGCAUGAAUCUCGCAGAUAACGCCACCAAGGCUCGCUCUGUCGAUUCUCUGCUCAACUUUGAGACUGUCAAGUAUUACGGUGCUGAGAGCUAUGAAGUGGAAGCAUACAGGAAUGCUGUCUUGGAUUACCAGAAAGAGGAGAUCAAGAGUGUGCUGUCACUGACGUUCCUCAACUCCCUCCAGAACAUAAUCGUGUGCAGCGGACUCCUGAUAGGCUCCCUCCUCUGUGUUAAUAUGGUGGUCAAUGAGCAGACACUGUCCGUCGGUGACUACGUGCUGUUCGCCUCGUACAUCAUCCAGUUGUACGUUCCACUCAACUGGUUCGGGACGUACUACAGAGCCAUUCAGAAGAACUUUGUGGACAUGGAGAACAUGUUUGACCUGUUACAAGCAGAGCCAGAGGUGAUUGAUGCACCUGGAGCCCCACCACUGGCGGUCAAUGGGGGUCAGGUGGAAUUCCGCAACGUUGUGUUCUCAUAUGUGCCCGAGCGUGUCGUGCUACGCAACAUUAGCUUCACAGUUCCACCAGGCAAGACUGUGGCUCUGGUUGGACCCUCGGGCAGCGGGAAGAGCACCAUUAUCCGAUUGCUGUUCCGUUUCUACGAUACAGAGCAAGGUGCUAUCCUCAUUGACGGACAGAACGUGAAGACCGUGAGACAGGAUUCCCUCCGGCGGGCUAUAGGCGUUGUUCCCCAGGACACUGUGCUUUUCAACAACACAAUCAAGUACAAUAUCCAGUACGGUAGAGUGAAUGCUUUGGAUGCUGACAUUGUUGCUGCCGCCAAGAGUGCAGACAUACACACCAGAAUCCUUUCCUUCCCUGAGGCUUACAAUACACAGGUGGGAGAGAGGGGGUUGAAGUUGAGUGGUGGGGAGAAGCAGCGAGUGGCUAUUGCCCGCACUAUACUGAAGUCGCCCGCUGUUGUAUUGCUUGAUGAGGCAACAAGUGCGCUAGACACACAGACGGAGAGAAACAUUCAGGCAGCAUUAACGCAGGUGUGCAAGAACCGAACAACGAUAAUAGUAGCACAUCGGCUGUCGACCAUCAUACAUGCUGACGAGAUACUAGUACUCAAGGAUGGAGAGAUCGUCGAGAGAGGAAGACACGAGGAGCUGGUGGCGUCAGGAGGUGUGUACUCCAACAUGUGGCAUCAACAGUUGGAGAACGAUUCUUCGGAAGUAGCAAUCCGUGAACAGUCCGAGUCAGGGACAGGAGAAGCAAGCUAGUGCUACCCACUCAUUGUACAUAGUUGUUCUAGAUUUAAUAAAUUUAAAUUAUGACAGCUCA